AUGUCCUACGGCGGCGACGACUCCUCCAUCCCGGACAAGCUCCGGCUCGACUACGCGCCCACCAGCCGCGCGUCCUGCAAGGGCUGCGGCCGCGGCAUCGGUCAGGGCGAGGUCCGCUGCGGCGUCAAGGUGCGCUCGCAGUGGCACGACGGCUUCGACAUGCACUUCCACCACGUGGCGUGCGCCCCCAAGGCCUCCGGGCCCGGCGCCUUCAAGGGCGUGCAGCGGCUGCGCUGGGCCGAUCAGGCGGCGCUCGCCGACGCCCUCAAGAUGCCGCUCGAUGAGAGCAAGCCGGCGGUGAAGAAGGCGAAGCGGCUCAACGAGCUGGUCUGGGGCGUGGUCGACAAGGUGGCGAGCGUGCCCAAAAAACAGCUGCGCGAGGCGCUCGAGGAGAACGAUCGCUUCAUCACCGACAAGAUGUCGCCCGCCGAGCUCGCCUACAUGAUUGGCGACUCGCUCGUGUCCGGGCUGCUUCCGCCGUGCCCGUUCUGCGAGUGCAAUGCCCUGGUGGGGGAGGGCGGGAUGAUCCGCUGCGCCGGCUUCGCCGCCGGCACCACCUCCUGCCGCUUCUCGCUCGUCCUCGACUCCGUCUUUGACGAGCCGCUCGGCUCGGAAGAGAUGCGCGGCCGCACCAAGCGAGCGGGCGUGUUUGAGCCCACGCAGCCGCUCGCGCGCGCGCUCAAGGACUGGUCGCCGCCGAAGGACGCGCCGGUGCUGGCGCUCGCUCCGGCAGCCGGUGCGGCCGGCGGCAGCGCCGCCGCCGGCCCGAGCGGCGUCAACAUCCAAGGCAGCGGUACGGACGUCCAAGGCGGGGGCCCCAACGUCGAGCCGUUCCAUGGCGAUCUGCAUGGUGAUAUCGACUCGGGGGACGACGAGGAGCUGGACGGGUCGUGCGACGCAAAGUACGUGAUGGCGGGGCUCGUCGUGGCGUCGGUCGGCUCGACGACGCCCAAGGCCGAGGAGAUCCAGUCCAUCGUCGAGGCGCACGGCGGCGAGUGGGUCUCGGGCUCCAUCGGCGACGGCCGCUCGGUCUCCAUCCUGGUCUCGACCGAGGCGGAGGCGGCCAAGAAGAAGCCGUCGGCAAAGUUCGCGGCGGCGGCCAAGGCGGGCGUGCCGGCCGUCUCUGCCGACUACAUCCUCGCGCUCGCGGGCUUGCCGCCCGCGACCGGCUCCAGCAAGAGCACCGGCAAGAGCACGGGCAAGAGCGGCGGCGGCGGCAAGAGCGGCGGCGGCAAGAGCGGCGGCAAGGCGCGCGGCAAGCGCGCGGCGGCGGCGAUCGACCUGACGGGGGACAGCAGCGACGAGGAGGCGGCCGAGGCGGACGCGCCGAUGAGCGAGGCGGAGCUGGCCGCCGAGCAGGUGAGCGGCAUGCGCGUGCCGGAGCUGCGCGCGGAGCUCGAGACGCGCGGGCUCGCGACGGGCGGAAACAAGCCGCAGCUCGUGCAGCGGCUGCGGCAGGCGGUGCAGGCGGAGGAGGCGGCGCGCUCCGAGCAGGCGUACGACGCGGCGCAGGCGACAGGCGCGCCGUCCGAGGCGGCCGCUGCGCCCCCGAGCAAGAGGGCAAAGACCGGCGCGUCCUCCUCCGCCGCCUCGUCGGCGGCGGGCGCGAGCGGCGGCGCCCCCGCCGCGGCGCGGGCGGGCGCGAGCGGGCUGGUGCUGCGGCGGCGGCGCGAGAUGGCGGCGUACCUCCUCGACCCGGACGGAGAGCGCGGGCCCCCGCUGCCCUUUCUGAAGGGUUCGAUCACGAGGGCGCAGCUUGCCGAGAAGCGCAAGGCCAAGUCGAGCAAGGGGCCUCGCAAGGUGCUGCCGCUCGUCGCUCAGGGCUCCGCUCUCGCGACGGCGUGGCAUUCGGUCCUCAACGCGGUCGACCUCGCCGACGGCACAAACAAGUACUACAAGAUGCAGCUGCUGCAGACGGGCUCCUCGUAUUGCGUCUACCGCGCGUGGGGCCGCGUCGGCGGCGGCGGCGCGGGCGGCAAGUCAGGCGGAGGCAAGAGCAAGUCGGUGCCGGGCUACCUCAACUCGGACGUCGUCCACGAGCACGGCGUCGACCUCGACGGCGCCAAGAAGGAGUUUCGCGAACAGUUCAAGAAGCUCGCCAAGUGCGACUUUGAGUGGUGCGAGCCGCCGGUGCAGCACCCUAGCGGGUACGCGGUCACGCUGCUGCCGGGCCAGCUCUCCGACGAGGCGACGGGCGAGGCGGCGGCGGGCGGCGGCGGCAAGUCGGCCAGCGGCUCCGCGAUGGGCUCGUCGCUGCCGCCGCCGGUAGCGCGGUUCGUGUCUCUGAUCGGCGACAAGAAGAUGAUGGCUGCGCAGCUGCAGGAGAUGCACGUCGACCUCGAAAAGAUGCCUCUCGGCUCCAUCUCGACGGCGCAGAUCAAGCGCGGCUACGAGGCGCUCACGCGCGUCGCGACGCAGCUGCAGACGCCGGCGGCAGACGGCGACGAGCAGAAGCACCGGCUGCUCACGCUGACGACGCACUUCUACACGACGAUCCCGCACAAGUUCGGCCUCGACGAGGUGCCGCCCGUCAUCGACUCGCUGCCGAUGCUCAAGGACAAGCUCGACAUGGUCGAGGCGCUGCUGCAGGUGCAAGAGUCGCAGAAGCUCUCGAAGAGCCUCGGCCCGGCCGCCGAGCAGCACCCGCUCGACGCUAUGUACGCGCAACUCCAGUGCGGGCUCGCGCCGGCGUCGGAGGCGGAGCACGAGAUGGUCCGGCGGUACGCGGCCAACACGCACGGCUCGACGCACGACACGUACAAGAUCAACGUCAAGGACGUGCUCGCCGUCUCGCGCGCGGCCGAGCAGCCGGGCUUCAAGGCGUCGCUCGCCAACCGGCAGCUGCUGUGGCACGGCUCGCGCCUGACCAACUGGGCGGGCAUCCUCUCGCAGGGGCUGCGCAUCGCGCCGCCCGAGGCGCCCGUCACGGGCUACAUGUUUGGCAAGGGCGUCUACUUCGCAGACAUGAGCUCCAAGUCGGCAAACUACUGCGGCGCCACUUCCGCCAACCCGACCGCCGUCCUGCUGCUCUGCGACGUCGCUCUCGGCUCGCAGUACGAGCGGCUCAACGCAGAGUACGAGGCGGCGGAGAGCUGCAAGAAGGCGGGCAAGGCGUCGACUUGGGGCGUGGGCAAGUUCGCGCCCGCCGACGGGGGCGCGAGCUCGAUCGAGGGCGGCGCGAUCCGCGUGCCGAUGGGCGAGGCGGGCGACUCCGAGUACAUGAAGGCCAACUUCGCGCGGCUGCAAAAGGCGGAGGGCGGCAAGGCGCGGGCGGCUCUCCUCUACAACGAGUACAUUGUCUACGACGUCUCGCAGAUCCAGAUGAAGUACGUAGUCGUGUGCGAACUCGAGUUCGACGGCUGAGGGUGGCGGCUGCUGCGGCGGAGUUUGCGCCGGCAGCGGGCAGCGCCGACUCCAACCCACCCGGCGCCUCUCUCCCAGGGGCGGGGAGGCGGGUAAGUUGCCUCUCUCGAGUACAGAGUACAGGUAGCGUCUUUGGGGCGGGUUCGGGGUUGCACACGGACCGUUUGAGUUGUUCUGCGGGAUGGCCAUGUGGGGAUGGCGCGGGGCGCGGGGCGGGGGGGCGGCAGUGAAGCCGUAUGGGCGCCAGAGAGGCGCAGCGCGGCGAGCGGCCCCCCUGCCAGCAAGCGCUAGUAUGCUAGUACCGGUCGGUUCGCACACGCUAAGUUCUAAGUAAACCAGACUUGCUCUC